AUGAAAACAAGAGCAACAAACAGGUGCGCGUUGGUCUGGGCACGUUGCGUCGUGUGGUUCGUUGCGAUCGAAUACGUGCAUGCGAGCAAAAAGUCAACCCUUCGAAGCGUUCGUCUGACAUUGCCACGCCUCCCUUCGGCAACAUUAUCCGGCUCCAACAGUGUAGCAGAUUUUCAAGCCCGCAGCAGGUGCAAAACGAACGGCACCACACCUCGUCGCGCCAUUCACGCCCCACCAAGCCACCUUCAUCCAAUAAUGCGAGACGAAACCGCUGCUAUGCGGGUACAUGUCGAUCCAGCAGCGACCACCGCCAACGACAAAAAGAACAGUUCGUCGACAUCUGAGCCGGGUUCAUCAAACGGAGACGGUACAACAUCUGCCGAGAUCACUACCUUACCAACAACUCCACAGAUUACGGAAUCGUCUCGAAAUCCUUCCUUUCAUAGCUUUAAUGACGUCGUAGAUUUAGUUUUUAAUCCUUUACGAUCUGUGAUCAGCCAGAAUCGGCGGCGUUAUACCGAGGAUGGCUUUAACCUCGACUUAACAUAUAUUACUGAUCGAAUAAUCGCUAUGGGUUAUCCGGCAAAAAGUAUUGAACGUCUUUAUCGAAAUAGCAUGUAUCAUACUGUCAAAUUUUUAGAACGUAAUCAUGCCGGACAUUACAAAGUAUUCAAUUUACGGGGAAACUAUUUUUAUAAGGUGGAGAAGUUUCAUGGUCGAGUGGGUCUGUAUCAUAUGAAGGAUCAUCAUCCACCGAGACUUGAUCUCAUGGAUCCUUUUUGCAGAGAGGUUGAUGAGUACUUGAAAGCUGAUCCACGGAAUGUGGUGGCUGUGCACUGCAAAGCUGGCAAGGGACGAACCGGUGUGAUGAUUUGCGCUUAUCUUGUUUCCAUGAAUUUCUACAAUCUGCCUCGUCAAGUUAUGGAUUAUUAUUCAAUUGUGAGAACUGUGAACAACAAGGGUGUAACGAUACCUUCGCAACGGCGAUACGUGUAUUAUUAUGCACAGAUGCACAAGCACAAUUUGGCUUACACACCAUUACGAAUAGAGCUUGUAGGAGUUUAUGUGGAGCGACCUCCACAACUGGGAGUUACUUUUAAAGGAGAUCUCGUUAUGCGUGUUGCUCAAGGUGAUAUAGAAAUGUUCACAGGAGCACCCAUUGCUAUAACUCGGCAGCAAUGGAAUGAAGAAGAGAAAUUGUGGGCCGGAAAGGUUCCAUUUGGAGAUGACAGCUAUGAUCCGUCGACGUAUUCGUUUGAUGCCAUGAAGACCUGCGUGUCAAGGCGAGCUUGGGGUUGGUCUGUAACCCAUCCCUAUCGUGUCUACUUGGAAGGUGAUGUACGUGUGGAUAUCUUUGCCGAAACACCAGCUGCUGGAUCUCGAUUGCGGAAGAACAAAAAGAAACACGAAAAGAUCGGCCACGUCUGGCUCAACACAAUGUUCACUUGUCCUGGCUCAUGUGGAGGUGGAUACCAGCAUGGCGACGAAAUGUCUCCAUAUCCAGAAGGUGCAACAUCAAUCACUGAGCGGCGAACAUCAGCAUCAUCGACAUCUGUCACCAGCAAUAUUGAAGCUGUUGCCAGUGCUGAGAUGCCUUCUUCAUCACCUGCGCCUGGUACUAUACAGUUUGAUGAUGUUCCUUGUUUGCGGCGGGAUGUGCGUGCUGUGUCGGCCGAGGGUGAUAGUGCGACGUUGGGUCUUGCCGUGAACGAACAGCGAAAAUCGAGUGAGCCGGUCGGCCAUCACAAGUCCUUCCUCACCAAGAUGAAAGCCCGCAAAGCGCAUAGUAGCGAUCCGCAUAUCACAUCUAGUGACCCUAUUAGUGGUAGUGAAGGCCACAAAAAGCGAAAGACACAGAGUUCGAAUGAACGAUGGAAGGCUACCAACUUGAAGCUGAAACUGCCACCUGGACUAGAGGAACACUGUCCUUCAUCUUCUUUAGCAGAUAUUUAUGGAGAUGCCAGCAAGGCGCCGCGUUAUGGAAUCGAGGAACUGUUGCGGAAUGCGCAUUUGUCAAAUAUCGUUCGUGAUUUUUACAACGAGCGGCGUCUAGCGCUUGCAACGAGAGGUGAACCUGUCGAAGCAGCUCCUGAGGGUCGUCCGGAAGCUUCUGGCCCAGCGUUGAUUCGACGAAAGCGCGACGAACAUGUGCACGUGUUUCCGUUAAUCGAAGUGGAUCGGGCUUUUAAAAACGAAAGCAUGCCACCGGGAUUUAAGGUCAUCAUCAUAACCAGAUGUAUACAUUCACAAGAUUUGGUGGCACAAGAAAAGGCCGAGACAGCUCUUGCGUAUGCUCGACGAGUUGCUGCCAAACAUGAAGAGGCGAAGCAGAGCAAGAAUAAAAAGAGUAUAAACUGCCCUCCUGCAAAUGUGCCCGUGAUUGGUUCUGGACCACUUCGUACAGCAACUUCAUGGCCAAAAUGUCCUUUGCAAUCGGAACAGUCUUCAUCUUCAUCCCUUGGCGCAAGCGUAGCAUUUCCCGCAAAACCAGAACAGUGGGAGCACACCGCCAGCAGUAGUAGUAGUGUAAGUGAGUGUGCUGACGAACCAGAUGAACGUGUUCUUCACAUGUCGGGUUUAAACGUUAAAUGUGAUGAUACGGGUGUAGUAUUUGGAAAUACUGCUGGUAUACGACCAGCCGUUCACGAAAAUGGAGCAACCGGCUGUGAGAAUUCAUCCAGCGAUUCCAGCGGUGAUCUAACUUCAGCAAUGGAUUCGACUUUUGGGGACGGUGUUUUAGGCACACCACCUUCACUGUAUUCUCCUGGAGCAGGCGAAAUAUAUCUUGGUGACAGCGAUGGCGGUGCCACAACGUCACCGCGAGCUAAACGGCCCAUGUUCUCGUAG